CCCGAUCGAGACUCGUGGGACAUCGGCUCGAGCCAGUCCACGUGCGGAAGGCGCGCAUUGUCACGGCGCUUCUCCCGUAGUUUUUCACCCCAGUGAAAAAGUACGAAACGCUUUUCUGACCCUCGACCGAUUUCUCAAUCGAGCGGCAUAUCAAGUCGUUCGUUUACUUCCGAGAUCUUUCCCGAGAUAUCAAUUCCGUCAAUUAUUUGCUUUGCAAACAACAACUUCGCACAACACACGGCGCGCAAGAUCACAUCGAAAAAAAAUCAGUGACAUCAAAAUGGCGGAGUUUACAGUAGAUCGGAAGUAUCAUUUAAAUUAUUGUGCCUCUCACUGAAGACGUCGAUGAGGAGAAACUGAGAGAAGCUCGAGAAAGAGAGAGAGAGAGAGAGAGAGAGAUCAUGAAUAUCGGACUUUCCACAUUUGAAAUUGUUAUUAAGGAUCUAUGAUCCAGAACCAAUUGGUGAUCAAAGCGCGCGAAGUGUAUUCGAUAUCUAAGAUUUCUUCGAGAAUAAAAUUUUUAUCAUCGAGACAUCAAAAGUCGUUGUUCGUACGAAAGAAAGAAGAAUAUAAAGUUCGUAACGCAAAAGAAAGUGACAUAUUGUGUUUUAUUUGAAUACUUCUGCAAGUGUGAAAUAUUUAAACUAGUCAAACGUCAUAAGAAAUUGUCGGCCGUUAACUAAAAAAUUAAUUUAAAAAAUCACGUUUGUGUUUGUGUAAAUAAUUUCAAGUGUGAAGUGAGAUCUGAUGAUGACGCUCAUGAGGCUUCAUACUUGAGGUAUACUAGGCAUAAGUCGAAAGUCGAUCAUGAAGAUCGUGCUCUGGGUGGUUCUGAUCAGCGUGGCGAGCACUCUCGAUCACCAUGACACCCACUCGUGGAAACUCAGAGAUGACUUCAAGAUUGCGGCCGCGAGCCGAUCGAUCGCACCUUUGAUUAAGAUCAAAGAGAAUCGAGCGCAGCGAUCGGGCGCGCAAUCGACUCAUAGAUCGAGAUUGUCGAGUACGAUCGUCAAGGAUGGCGUUCUCCAAACAUCACCGAGAAGAUUCGCGACAAUCGAGGAUUCGAACGAGCAGCAAGAUUUCUGGGAUCCCGUAACCACCAGAACUUGGCAGGAUCUGACGCGCGAGAAUCGAGCGAUCGAUAGCACGUUAAAGAACGUAAUCAACAGGCCGUCAUUAGGCAAAGUCGAACAGUAUCAAUACAUUUCGAAUUUUCCGUACAGUGGUGAUGAAUCCGCUGACGCCAUAUUGGAGAACGCGGAUCGUCCAAAGAACGCAGCGCGUUUAUCCACAGACACGGAGAAUCAUUUCUCGGAUCAAAACGCGAAAGAGAUGGAAUGGAGCGUGCAAGAUGUGUUUGAAAAGGAUCUGGAGAAUGAGGAAAACGAAGAAGACGUUAACAUUGAGGAAUUUUUAAACGAAGUCAGACGGAAGAGAUUAAAUGGAGAAUUUGACGAACAGGCGGGCGCACAUCGCCAGGGCAGAAGGAGAAAACUCACGAGUCAGCAGCAAGGCGUUCUGCUGGUUGAAACGCUCAGGAAGAAGCGAAACUAUACCAAUGAUCAUCGAGGACACAGCUCUAAUCUUCAGAGCGGUCUUAUGGAUAUGCUGGGCAGAAUGAUACCGCAAUCGUGCAAGUACAAAGGUGCGAAGUUCGAGUGUGGCCUCAGCAUUAGCUGCGUUUUGGGUGGCGGUCGGCCCGUCGACCUUUGUUCCGGAGGUUUGAUAUGGAGCUGCUGCGUGGACGACGACGACAUACCUGAAAAAGUACCGCGUCCAACCAUCGGUUUGCUACAGAAUGCCAGCUGCGGCGAGCUUCAUACCAGGAGCAACAGAAUCGUGGGCGGACACUCGUCCAGUUUCGGUAGCCAUCCGUGGCAGGCCGCCAUUAUCAAGUCGGGAUUCCUUUCCAAGAAACUGGCCUGCGGCGGUGCCUUGUUAAACAACCGAUGGGUGGUCACAGCGGCGCAUUGUGUCGCGACGACACCGAAUAACAAUUUGAAAAUUCGACUCGGAGAGUGGGACGUUCGAGAUGCGUCGGAACGAUUGACUCACGAAGAAUUCAAUAUCGAGAGAAAAGAGGUACAUCCGCAAUAUUCGCCUACUGAUUUCCGGAACGACGUGGCUUUGGUAAAGCUAUCCAAGACGGUAGCUUUCAAGCAGCAUAUUAUCCCGGUUUGCCUGCCGGCAAGGAAUUUGAAGCUCUCCGGCCGAACCGCAACCGUCGCGGGUUGGGGACGAACCAGACACGGUCAAACUUCGGCGCCAACCGUUCUUCAAGAAGUCGAUGUUGAGGUGAUACCAAACGACAGAUGUCAAAAAUGGUUUAGAGCGGCUGGAAGAAGAGAAACUAUUCACGACGUAUUCCUGUGCGCAGGUUACAAAGAAGGUGGACGCGAUUCUUGUCAGGGUGAUUCGGGUGGACCGCUCACAAUGUCGGUGGAAGGCAGACACGUUUUGAUCGGUUUGGUCUCAUGGGGUAUCGGCUGCGGUCGCGAACAUUUACCCGGUGUAUAUACGAAUAUCCAGAAAUUUGUACCCUGGAUCGAUAAAGUUAUGAGCUAAAUCCAGAAGAAGAGAAAUCUCAGUUCCUUCACAGCUCGGGAGUUAUUUGAAGCUCCUGAAGUAAAAGAAGAAGAGAGAAGAAACUCGCGAGAAUAACGCGCAGUUACCAAAGUCUUAACUCACUUCUUUAAGGACUCUUGUGCUCGAUUGUUCUUGAAGAAUAGGCACUCUCUCGAAGUGCCAAAAAUCAUAAUGUCCGUCUUAUGAAGUUGUAAUAUUGCAACAUAUAUAACGAUUGUUAUAUAUAAGUAUAUCAAAAUGUAACGGUAAAGUUCAAUCAGAAAUUAAUUUCAAUGAUUAUAACGAUUAUAUCGAUAAGAUUUGAGAUAUUGAUUGGUAAAAAUACAAUACAUAGAAAUAUUUAAUGCAUAAUUGUGCGAACAAUUAAGCCGCUUAAGAAAGAAUCUUGUUACUCUGUUUACUCGUAUUGUAACAAUAAUUUAUUAUAACAUUAACUUCUUGAUGAGU